AUGCUGCCGAGUAGCGGAUGUAUACUUUGUGAUGCCCUCUAUGCAAUUCCAAUCCUAGCGGGGCUGUACUUUUUAAGAAAAUAUAUUCGAGGCGGUCAAUUCACCGAAAAUGUUCGGGCUGAUGGAAAAAUAGUAGUUGUAACCGGCGCCAAUUCGGGGGUUGGCCGAGGAGUUUGUGAGGAGUUGAAUAAACGAGGCGCAAAGGUUUAUAUGAUCUGUCGUGACGAGGGCCGAGCGGCGAAGGGCCGGAAUUUGAUGAUCGAGAACGGCUGCGACCCUUCACGCUUACUAAUCCGCAUCGCCGACCUGGCAAACCUGGCCAGCGUUCAAAAAGCAGCAAAGCAGAUUUUGAGCGAAGAAAAACACAUCGAUAUUCUGGUCAACAACGCUGGGAUGUUUGGGCUCUUAAAAUUUUCCAAAACCACCGAUGGCUUUGAGGAGACGUGGCAGAGCAAUUAUUUGGGACAUUUCCUGCUCACCGAGAUGCUUAUCACAGCGCUCAGAAAAGCCGAAAAACCUCGAAUCGUCAACGUCAGUAGCUUACUGCAUCCAUACGCCGAUUCGGUGGAUUUCAGACAUGUAAACGACCCGAAGAACUAUGGUAUGUGGAUGGGAUACGCUAGGACAAAACUGGCAAAUGUAAUGCACGCCCGGUGGCUUGCUAGGAAGCAUCCAAAAAUUUUGUCCAACUCCUGCCACCCUGGAUGCAUUAAUAGCAGCAUUUUGUCGACGAGCGGGUGGCUGUUUUUGAAGGACAUCCUCUACCCAUUCUUCUGGUACUUUAUGAAAACCGAGAUGGAUGGCGCACAAACCGCACUUUAUCUGGCGCUAAGCGAGAAGGUCGAGGGAAACGGGUUAUAUUAUAGCGAUUGUGCCGUCGGCAGUAUGGGUUCGAAAGCCCGAGACGAUGCGGCGUGCGAAAAGCUGUACAAAGAAUCGCUGCAAGCCGUCGGCCUCGACUACUAUCAGGAGAUUACCACUGCUAAA